UGUGUAAUCUUCACAGCAAGUAACCACAAGAGAGCCACACGGCGUUCAACUAAAGCUCACUCGCUACCACCAAUUGAACUACUUGAUCGUCAGAAAGUAUAAAACGAGACCUGCAUUCCCAGAUAUGGCUGAUGGAAAUCCACUCAUGUUUAUGACCGGUGCUGUUAUUCUGUUGCUGAUGCUACCCGCUGUGAUCAUGGCGCAGACGCAACCAUCGGCCGAACCUACCACGUCUGGCUUCGAAGUGACUGGGGAGCGAGGCGGGGACGGUACCUGCCGCUGUACGGUCAAGUCACCCACGCUCGUACUCUGCUCUGACUACGAGACACGGACAACACAUCAGAAGCUGAAAAACAUUAAAAACCAGAUUAACAACUUGACUGCUGACGUCACCAGCCUCUUCGAAAUAGUCAACUUACAGUCGGAGCUCACCAGGACCUUUGAGUCUGAUCUCUCUGACGUCACUACAACCUUUAACCUCAUAGAGGGUGGGCAAUUACUGGUGACCCGUACUGAGAUAGAGGGGAUGCGACGGAAUGUUCGUAACAUGGCGUCUGCUCUGUAUACACUGCGUGAGUGGCAGGGGGUCCGAUCAGACGAGACACAAGUUGGGAGAAUCGAAAUCAUAAUGAGUGAAGUUUCGAACGUCAGUAAAGUAAUAGACGGACUGAUAGAGAUUGAUACCAGCGAGGAUUUGGCUGGUAUGCAGCGUCGAGUCACUGAGUUAUCCAAUCAGUUGAGAACGUGUAAUGCGAAAGAGAGUGAGUCAGUUGGCACGGCAGUCCCAGACACGGAAGACUCUGCUGAAAAGGACCGUCAGAAGGAUCCAGAAUUAUGGCCGAAAACAACCAUACAAAAUAGUUGUGGUAAAUUGGUAUCCAUCUCGGAGCCAUAUACACUGAGAGGGAACCUUGGGAGCAACGGUGCAUGGAUGAGAGAUCCGGUGGUUAGUCCGGACUUUGUCUGUUAUCACAGCUUCACGGAUCCAGUACAAGACAAACAAUUUAGCGUCAGUAUCAACGUGGGUGAAUUCCAGAAAGGAGAAAGUCAACCGAUAGAGGGCGACAUUCUACAUCACAUUAUAGAAGCUGCCGUUUAUAAUGGAUCGCUGUUUGCAUACUCGACAAAAACUGAACGGGUCCGGAAUCAUCGUAGAAACGGCUACGAGUAUGCAAAGUUCCAAAACAUAACAAGGAUUGGGUGGACUUCCCAGUCACCUUCAAUCCCAAUUUUUCACCCGGGAAGUUCAUUCGUGCGUGAGAUUCCAUCUGAAACACCCCAUGAUCGCUUCGCUUACACCGGUCCAAGUGCCGCUCCGAAGAUGGAUUUAACCGUAGAUGAAUCUGGACUGUGGCUGAUAUACAGUAAUGCACAGGAGAUGCUGGUUGUUAGUAAAGUGGAUGAAGAAACCUUGGAGUUUGAGCGUACAGUGGUGAGUUCCUACCCGAAGAAUCGCUUGGGUAACUGUUUCAUCAUCUGCAAGAAGGUAUACUGUCUGAACGGUGCCACGAGUUAUGACUCUAGGGUGGCUUUCUUCAUGGACUCUGAUAGUGGCUUCGAAGGAUUCGUCAAUGUCCCUUUCAUCAUCAAGUACGGGAGCCUAUCAUCCAUUGAGUAUAACCCACGUGACCAGCUGCUGUAUGGCUGGGACAACGGCCAUGCUGUGGUCUACAGUCUUACCUUCGAGUAAAGCCCAUUCGAGUAAAGCCCGUUCGAGUUCCACAGAGACACAGGCCAAGGUGUCAGACAUGUUGAAUACUCUUAAGUCCUAGGCUGGGUUUAUACAAGUUUAAGUUCUCAUUAGAUUAAUAUUAUCAUGCUCCGCUGCUUCGAAACAUGCUUGAAGACAAGUAGCCUACACAAUAGAGACCUUCAAAAUAAUGCUGUAUAAUUUCUGCGCUUAAGUUCUGCUAUGGCAACCAUUAAUAUUGAUCUUUGUCUUUGUGUUUUAAAUUUAAUUGGAUACUAAGAAGCCUUAGGUGGCAGCAGACUUACCAGGUAAAUUGUCAUUUAUUACGUAGUUCUGAGCGUGCGCACAUUACUGAGACAACGGAUUUACCCAAAGUCUGCUGCCACCUAUCGACCCAAAAGACCUCAAUUGUAGUGAAGAUUGUUACCUACAACAACAAAAACGAAAAUGCUAUUCAUGUUUAGUUAAAACUCACAAGGGGACAUAAUUAGGAAGUCGCUUCUGCUUAGAAUCAUACUGCAGCUUUCGAUAGUUUUGAGAAACAUUACACUUUGAAGCAAUGUGGUUGUUUUGUUAUCCAGAAUUUGAAUCUGAUAGACAGUUCAUUAUGUGAUGUUGUAUUCCAGUUACGGCUUUGUCUUCCUGUGUGGACAUAAUCGAUCCAGAUUUCUCUGGCAAUAUCUCAAAAAUCGACAACCUCUCUUGAAAUGUAAAUGUUCACAUGUUUUGAAAAAUAUUGUUUUGGUAAUUCCAUUCGCCGCCAGAAGAAAGGCAUGGAAGGCUCUUCGCCUUCCUAACAGGCAAACAAAGCAUCCUGUGAAGUUUGGACGGAUUCAAUAAAAUGGCUUCUGGAAAUAUAUUAGUAUUGGAAUCACAAUGUUGUUGCUAGAUAUAUCCCCCAAAAAUGUCCAAACUCCAUUUAUAGACUAAUACCAUCCGAUGACUCAUGAAUGACGUAACAGAUGAAUGGAACAAAUUACGUUGAUAACAAACCAAGUUGCCAGAACAGCCGAUUUUCACCUCGUUUCAAGAGCAAUAAUAAUUAUAUGCAAGAUGACACAUCCAAACGGAGAACAUAAUACUAAAUACAAGAUGUGUGUCAGAAAGUUUUAUUCAUCUAGACAUACCUACAACUACUACAUACGAAUGGUUACAAUCACCAACAUUUUCUUAAGCCGUAUUAAAACAUCACUAUGUAAGACAUGGUUACGUGAAAAUCGUUGCUUUUAGGUUUUUGUGGGUUUGGUUUGGUUUUGUUACAGAUGAUUGCGAACGCAGGGUGGCGCACUACAUUCUUGACUAAUUAAUAACUUUAAAAACUUGUUCAAUAUUGCAGUGUAAUUGUUUGCUAUUAUUGCCGAUUUUGUGUUAUAUAAAUUCACAAUUUUUAUCUAAAGGACUUAUAUAACUUGCAUGAUUACUUCAAGCUUAAAACUAUACUAUUGUUUAGUACCGAUGUGUACCACAGUUAAUGGCCAUUUUUUGAAACUCAAUAUAUCAAAAACUCGAUCUUUUGAAACGAAAUGUUCUAAUGUUUGUGUGUCUUUAUACAUCUACAUUUAUAUGGGAUUUAAACAAUCAAACGGUUCCGA